GGUCCAGCGCAGGCCCAGACCAACGGUGCGGUUCUGGAAUUUGCUUUGAGCUAUUUAUUUGUAAACAGCGAGCCAUUCCGUGUGAAACGUUACGAGAAUACGCGUACGUUUCCUACCCCGAACCGUGUCCGUGGCCUAUCGUGGUCGCGUUUCUUCUCUGCUCCGUUUCGCGCUGCGCGCUCUUCAUUUCAUGCGACCUGCGCUGUGGGCACGUAAUUGAGGACGGAACAAGUUGCUGUUCACUCGGCGUGGUGAGCGAUAAGAAAGAAACAACCGAUGAAUGGAAAUCCGAAUCGCUUGCUCGCCCGCAUUGAAGUGCUGUACCAUGGGCACUCAUUUCGCGAAAUUACAGCGAAUUUGUGAACUGCGGCUUCCUGCGGCUCGUCACAGAUGCCGGCUCAACGAAUUGUUGUUGUUGUUGCCUCAAAAUAUAGCGCGCUAACUCACAUCGUCGUCUUCGUCGACAGAUGUUGGGUGUAAUUCGCUUGACCUUUCUGUGUCAGUGUUACCUUUUUUGUUCUUGAAUAACGUGCAAUGCUGAUUACAUGAACGGUUACCCGUUGGCGAGAUUAGGAUAGCGCUAACGCCGGAGUAUUUGAUGAGGACUCCAUGUUGCUUUACAGUGCACAGAACGAAAGCUGUAUAGAUACACUACGGAAAUCUGUAAAAAAUUAUUCACCAAUUAGCCCAGCAGUGGUUGUUUCAGUGGUUUUAAUGAGAUAACUGGCUGUUUGUGAGUGUAAGAUUAUUUUAUGCUUAAUUUUAUAACUUGCAGAGCCGGUGAGCACAGUAGUAAGCACUGCUAUGUGCUACAACGAGGCUGAUACUGAAGCUUCAUCAGCAAGUCACUCUAUUCUUACUCAGAGUAAGUCACGUCGUUUUGUUCUCUGGUUUUCUGAUGUAACUGUUGAUUAUCACGUUAUUACUGUGUUCUUGUUCUAUAAAUUUAUUGAGCUCCUAAUAAAGACGUUAUUGUGAUGUAAAAAUGAACUUCAUUGUCUUGAACGUUUUCAGUGAAAAUCAGAUAAUUACCAGUUGCAACACAGCCGAGUGCCGCUGGCAGUAUGACGCGCUUGGGGAGGCGCUUUUUAAAAAGUAACCCCGGCUCAUGUGGGAGGAUCCGAAACCAGGCAGCCGUAUUCAACAGACCCGAAGGCGUGUAUAUAGUGUGUUCAUACGAAGACUAUCAAUUGCGCGUAAAGUUAGAAGGCACAGAGAAAAGAAGAGAUCAGCGCUUGGUCCAGCCUCCACAGACAUCCUUGCCAUCACAAGUGAACGUGCUACCUCUGAGUUGCAGCUGUGCAGUGAAGCGGAACUAAGGUUUCGUCUGAGCAUAACUGAGUUGGAGAAAAAAGUGGUCAGUGCCCUGAAAGUUUUCUCGGAAAGCCAAGGACACGAGUGCACACUUUUGGACCUAAUGAACCACUUACAGCGAAAGACCACAUAUGCUCGGAUAAAUGAGAUGCCGCUGCCUUCAGGAGAGUUUGCUGUAACUGCUCCCCAUAUAAUCACCAGUACGGCGGGAACCUGUAUUUUUGGUGGAAGUCACAAAGAAAUUAUCCAAGUCACUACUGGCGGUCUGGAGCGUGCCCUCAUUCUCUGCCUUUUGGUCUACUACAUUAAGAGCCUUCAGUACCCUUAUGCUUUUUCCCAAAUGCUUUUGUUAACUCAGAAGCUGGUGUUGCCAUGUGAAGUUGUGCCUGCGGGAGCUACAUGCAAGCGCUUGAAGAGUUUUCUUGCAUUGUUAAAGAAAAGGAGUAUUGCUUAAAAGGAGGUAAUUUAAAGAAGUUAUUUUUUAGUCUAGUCCAAUAUAAUCAUUGUUGCUUGUCAACAACACUUGUGUCUUAUCAGACUAAGUCAUGAAGUUAAUAUUCCUGUUUAUGAUUUCCUGAAUAAAAAAUUAUUCCAUUUCAUCCCUAUGAACUCUUUUUUAAGCAGAUUACACAUUUGUAUGCAUAUGCAGAAAACCCACUGUACAUCCUUUGAGCUGCAAUAUAUGGUGAGGGAGAAUUCUAUAGUGCCAUGCAAUAUUGCACUGCUAUUACAGCCAGCUUAGUAAAAUACGUGAAGGGCUUUUUGAAACUAGAAUCCCGACCGCUUAAUGUAUAUACUUCCUUAUAGUUGUAAAAUACAUGACUUCUUUUUGCCAAUCUUUCUUUAAACCUCGACGCCAACCUAAAAACUGCGAACUAUGUAUAUAUGUGCCCUUGGAAUAAAAGAGACUACGUUGAAAAUAGAAGCAUUGUUUAUUUCCAACACCGUCGACUGAGGACCUCACUUCUUCUGGAAAAUGUAGUUAAAUGGUGCUAUAUAUGCCUCAUUUAACUACAUUUUCCAGAAGACUGGUCCACAGUC